UUGCAAAUCUCCUCAAAUCUUUUACUCACUGAGGCAGAAGAAAGAAAAAGUGAUCAGAGAGAGAGAGAGAGAGAGAGAUGGAGAUAAGGGAGUGGUGCCAUGAGAUUCCCAAGAUAGAGCUUCACGCUCACCUCAACGGUUCCAUCAGAGACUCCACCCUUCUGGAACUCGCAAAAGUGCUGGGCGAAAAAGGUGUCAUUGUUUUUGAAGAUGUAGCGCAUGUGAUUACGAAAAAUGGCAGAUCCUUGCCCGAGUGCUUCAAGCUCUUUGAUUUGUAUCACAUUCUUACAACCGACCACGGAACAGUAUCAAGAAUCACCAAGGAAGUUGUGGAAGAUUUUGCAGCUGAGAAUGUUGUCUACUUGGAACUGAGAACAACUCCAAAGAAGAAUGAAGCUAAAGGGAUGACUAAGCAAUCUUAUAUGAAAGCAGUUAUUGAUGGUUUAAGAGCUGUCGAUACUGUUGAUGUUGCUUUAGCAAAUUCUGACUCAAGUACUGAUUAUUGUUUAGAACCUUUACCAAUAAAUGAUACACAAGGUAGAAUAAGGAGGAACAAGAUAUACAUCCGCCUUCUUUUAAGUAUUGACCGUCGUGAAACAACUGCAUCAGCAAUGGAAACGGUUGAUUUGGCAAUGGAAUUGAAGGAUGCUGGGGUGGUUGGUAUUGACCUUUCAGGCAAUCCUGUUGUUGGGGAGUGGCAAACCUUCAUUCCAGCACUAAAGCAUGCUAAACAACUGGGGCUCCCUCUUACCCUUCACUGUGCAGAGAUACCUAACCAGAAGGAAGUCCAAGCAAUGUUGGACAUCCACCCUGAGAGGAUAGGUCAUGCUUGUUUUAUCGAAGAGGAAGAAUGGAGAAGGAUAAAAUCAGCAAAAAUUCCGGUAGAGAUAUGUUUGACUUCCAAUGUCCGAACUGAACGCCUCCAUUCAAUAGAUGAUCAUCAUUUUGUCGAUCUGUACAAUUCAAAACAUCCACUGGCCCUUUGCACCGAUGAUUGUGGGUUAUUCUCUACCACUCUCUCCAAUGAGUACUACCUUGCGGCCUCAACAUUUGGACUCGACAAAGGUCAAAUUUUCCAGCUGGCUCGAAGUGCAAUCGAGUUUGUGUUUGCUGAUAAUGAAGUGAAGGAGGCUCUGAGAAAUAUAUUUGAAGCUGCUGAGAGAAAACUAAUGCCAUAGAAUUUGCUUGAUGAAAAUUAUCAUUCAUAUAUCUCACAAUUUAAUAGAUGCCUAUUACUUUUGGACAUUGUAUUGAAUGCUAGGUGACUUUAGCAUAUUGUUUUUCAAAUAGUGAAGAUAUCUGAUGUUUUCAGGAUUGCCAAGUUA